AUGACAGUAACGUAUGGCACCACUAGUGCUCCAUAUUUGGCGAUUAGAUGCCUACGACAACUGGCAAAGGAGGCAGAAGCAGAUUUACCGAUUGCAGCACAAGCUCUGAAAAAGGAUUGCUACAUGGAUGACGUUCUAACUGGAGCUAGAACAAUACAAGAAGCAAGUCCUCUGAAGACAUUGGGAUUACGGUGGGAUUCCAAUAAAGAUUGUCUACAAUACCAAGUGGAGUCUUUAGAUGAACAUAAAAUAACGAAGAGAAAUGUACUAUCAAAAGUUGCCCAAGUCUUUGAUCCUUUAGGACUUGUUGGACCAGUGUUGAUUACAGGAAAGAUCAUCAUGCAGCAGCUGUGGGUAAGACAAAUUGAAUGGGAUCAGCAGAUACCUCCAGACCUGAGUACAACUUGGUGUGAUUAUUAUAAGGCUCUACCUAAGCUGAACGAGCUCAUAAUUCCUAGAAACAUCAAUCCUCGUAACGAAAGCGAAAGUUUUGAUAUCAUAGGGUUCUCUGACUUCUCUGAGAAAGCCCUGGGUGCCUGUCUGUACGCAGUGAGUAAGGAUGAAGAUCAAACGAUGUCUUCUCAGUUGAUUUGUUCCAAGUCGAAGGUAGCUCCGGUGAAGGCAGUGUCUCUGCCGCGUUUGGAGCUUAUGGCUGCAUCACUUUUGGCAGAAUUGGUUUAUCUGGUUCGCAAAACAUAUGAAGAGAAAAUUCGAGAAAUAACGUUAUUCAGUGACUCGACAAUCACGCUUGGAUGGAUUAAAUCGAAGCCUAAUGAUCUAAAGACAUUUGUAGCAAAUCGUGUUACAAAAAUACAGGAAUUGACAAACUCUGCUACUUGGCGACAUACGCCGUCGUUGAGUAAUCCAGCCGACAUGUUAUCCCGAGGAAUUGCCGUUCAGGAUAUUUUGGAAAACAAAUUGUGGUGGAAUGGACCGUCCUGGAUAAUUGACAAAAAUCAGUGGCCCUCACAGCCUAUUACAAUUGAGCCAGAUUUAUCAGAGAUGAAAGUGUCUUUGACCGUAACCAAAGAGGAAGAUAUUUUCUUAUUAUCAUCUAAUUAUUCCAAGCUUAUAAAUAUUAUAGCUUAUUGUCUUCGCAUUAAAAGGUUUUCUCAACUGUUGAAAUCGAAUUCUGAAGAAGUCAAGAUGUUGAGAAAAGAACGAGUUAUUCCACCUCUAUCAGUGAAGGAGUUGGAAUCAGCUGAGCAAGUUCUAGCAAGGAAAUCACAGCAACAGACAUUUUCCAAGGAGAUUGUGAUUAUUCAAAGGAAACAAGAAUUACAUAAACGCUGCCCUCUGACUGGAUUGAAUCCAUUUAUAGAUGAUAAAGGCCUUCUUCGUGUUCUUGUCCUAUGA